UUACUUUCUAAAGACACCUACGAACAUAUUACAGAGGUUAGAAACAAGCCGAAGUUGCUCAUCAACAAUUUCAUCAAGAAUAUCAAAUAUCGAAAGCUAAGCCGAAAAUUAAGCCGUAGCUUCCCAGAAGGGGUCAGUGUGAUGCUGGAGUUGUUUAGGACUUUUCCAUGAUAUAUAUGACAAUGGAUGAAGUAGGCGAUUCAUCGCUACACUCUAGCGUCUGCCAGCCAAAUGGACAGCAAGCAGCGAAACUCGUCCAAAAGGACCGAAAAUCUGUUGCCACUAAAAGAGGUGUAACUUGGAAACCGGAAAAAUGUUUUUUCAUAAAUAUCAUUACAAGAUCGAAAGUUUUACAAUAUAAAUUAGCAAAAAAAAAAAGUGGGAACAUGUGUCAGCCAGAUUGGAUUAGAUGAUAUUAUGAUGACUCACAACUAUAAUCAAAGUUGUGUUGUCGUCGUCAGUUCACAACACUUGUUAUGAUAGCCUCUUGAAUUCUUGUGUCGUCAAUUAAUUGUGAUUUUCAUUGCUUACAACUUAACGUCAGAUACUUUUCAUGCUAUUAUAGUUCACAACAGUCUCAAAGAAACUCAGUGUACUGUUGUCGAUUUACAUAAGUCUUUACAACUGAUUACAGAGACAAUUGUCGCUAAUAAAACUCUAAUAUAACAAAUAUGCGGAAAAAUAAAAUGGAAAAAAAUAUUAAAAUUACAAACAAAAAGCAAUUCAAAGCUAUGGUAGAAUGGAUGAAACAACAUCCGGACAUAGCUAAAGGCAAAGGACACUAUGGGCCAAAUAAGUGUCAAUUGAAAGAGAAAAUUGAAGAGUUGGCUUUCGAAAUGAACGCUUAUGGACCGCCUAUACGCUUGCCUGAAGAAUGGCUAAGGGUAUGGACCCAUUUUAAAGCAAACCUUAAACGCAAAAUAGCAAAUAAUAAAAAAAGUCUCCACUUAAGCCCUAUGGAAGAAGCAGUAGCAAAUUUGACAAAAUGCAAUGUGUUGACGAAAUCACUGCGAGCAUCACUUGGCUCAAGUGGUAAAAAAGUGAAAGAAAAUGAUAUAAUAUAUGUGGAGGUAAGUAGCCAGACGAACUCAACAACGACAAAAAAUGAGGAAACGCAUCAAUGCGUGUCAAGGGAAAAUAUUAAUGAGGACUCGAUAGAACAUAACGAGCCGAUUGGCUGCGAAAAGUUAAUACUCGAGGUCUUAAAGGCACAAACCGAAAACCAAAAAUUGAUUAUAGAGAAAUUGGUUGAAAUAGAGAAAAAUACGAAAGAAAUUCUAAAUGUUGUGAAGAAGAGAGAUUUGGAACAAGACGAAGAAACUACAAAGGAAAUACUGAAUGUAACAAAGCAAAAGAUGUUAUUAUGCGAAGAAAACACGAAAGAAAUUUUAAAACUAAAGAAGACGAAGCUGGAAAUUAUUGGAGUGAAAUUGUUUAUGAAUAAAAAUUCCAAAGAGUGUGUUAAGGAUGCGGCAAAUGCUCUGAUGUCCAUAUUAAAUGUCGAUUAUGUAGAUAAUGUGGUGUUGGCAUAUCAUCCAAACCAAUAUCAUACAAAAAUUUCGCCUGGUACACCAGAUGUCACAGCAGCGACUUUGCAACACCAAAGCGAACUUAAAUGGAGCCAAAGCGCUUUGCGGUCAAUUUCUAAUUAG